AUGUGGCAGCCAGUUUCAAUAUUGGUAACUGGGGGAUGUGGAUUUAUUGGUUCCAACUUUGUUAACUACAUAUUUGACAAAUGGCCAAAUUCAAAGCUGGUGAUUAUUGAUAAACUUGAUAAGAAGAGUGGAGGAACUGAAAAAAAUAUUUUUGAGCAUAUCCGUCACUCAGCACGUUAUAAAUUUGUGAAGGCCUGCUUAUCAGACAAACAAAUGAUCGUCGAUGUUUUGAGAACUUUUCAGGUUGAUACAGUGCUUCAUUUUGCGGCAAUAACGCAUGUUGAUCAGUCAUUUAGCGAGCGUGUUAGCACAAUUAACACAAAUAUUCUAGGCACCGUAAACUUAUUAGAAGCGAUCAGUUUUGACUACAAUGGAGUGAAACGAUUCUUGCACGUUAGCACAGAUGAAGUUUAUGGCGAUUCAGCAAACUGUGAUACACCAAAAAACGAGAAAUCAUUAAUGGACCCAACAAAUCCUUACUCAGCUAGUAAAGCUGCUUGUGAACUUAUCUUGAAUGCUUAUCGACAUUCAUAUAAAAUACCGUCCCUCUUGGUACGAAUGAACAAUGUUUAUGGACCCAGGCAGGUUUGCUCGAAACUCAUUCCCAAGUUUAUACUACUGGCGAUUGAAGGAAAGCCUUAUCCGCUCUACGGUGAUGGCCAGCAUGUUAGGAGCUGGAUUUAUAUCGACGACUGUACAGAAGCAAUAAAAAGAGUUGUUGAAGACGGCAGAAUUGGCGAAAUCUACAAUAUUGGGACCGACUUUGAGAUCACUAACUAUAGUGUUACCCUUCAAAUCCAUGAACAGAUCCAAAAAUUUUACCAAAGAGAAUCCACGUCCCCUCAAUUUAAAAAAAUCGCUGACAGGCCGUAUCACGACCGACGAUACUACAUUGAUACAAGAAAAAUAAAUAACGAACUAAACUGGUCGUGUAAAGUACCGUUUCGUGAAGGCCUACAAAAGACUAUCAAGUAUUAUAUAGAGAAGUACUCAAAUACGAGAAUUAAUACGUCUAUUAGAGGCUAG